CGGAUACUGCUGAAACCUGGUAGAAUUUUCUUGUUAUUUUCCUAUGUAUCGAUUGGGCAAAUACUGUCCAGUUUCUGUUUAUGUUAAACAUUCCCACAGGGGCCCUGACCGGAGACAGUGCAAACAUACAGAUAACAGCACAGUAACUGCAACUGUCAUAGCACCGGCUUCUACAAACAAAUUGGACGCUUAGCAUGAGGGGAUACCUACUGACAGCAUUCAUCAUCAGUCUUUGGAUGGAGUCAAGCUGUGGAAUUGAUAUUCAACUAGUCCCUAGCCAUCCACUGAUCAAUAAGUCUGUCACCUUGAAUGUCAGAGGAAUCACUGGUACAGUACGAGCCUUCAGGUGGUAUUUUGGGUCAAACCCAGAUGCUAGCAACCAAAUCUUACACUAUAAUCCAAAUUCUAACCCUCCACAAACACCAGGUGAUCAGUAUUUCCAUAGGGCUCAUGGGCUCGCAAAUGGCUCCUUACAUAUCUCAGACCUUGUUCGUACAGACCAAGGGAAUUACAUGGUGAUGAUAUUGGCAAGGGAUAUCGAAAGAGUGACAGUUUACCUGCCUAUUUAUGAGUCUGUUACUAAACCAGUGAUCAGGUGUUCCACCCCCCGGCCCAAGGUAAAUGAGACUGUCUCCCUUACAUGUGAAACAGCCAACUCAGAGAGUAUCUUAUGGAGCAAAGACAGUAACAGUCUCCAUUCCAGAGUAGAUUUGUCUCCAGACAACAGGACUGCAAUCUUACGCAACAUUAUCUUAUCAGAUACUGGAGAGUACCAAUGUGAAGCUAAAAAUGCUGUCAGCAGGAGUGUGAGUGACAUCUUCACACUGAUAGUGAAUUAUAAUGAACCUAUUUCAGACAACUGUGCUGCCUCUAUGGCUGGAAUCAUCUGUGGCACCAUUAUAGGCAUUGUACUCAUCAUCUGUACAACAUUUCUACUGUUCAAAAGAUAUAUCCUUCCCAUGAGAGAGGCACAGCAAGAACAACCCACUGAGAGACAAGAUUCCUACAGAAUAUAUUACAAUGUUUUUGCUACAACAAUGGCUCAGCCUGCAAAAGAGGAACUCCCGUACAUGGGACUUGAAUACCCAACACAGGAUACAUACAGCGAGCUGAGUCAUCAAUAGGAUACAAAAUUGCCUUUGUGUGGAGAAACCCUUCCUGAGCUGCACAAUUUCUUCAUAGCGCAAAUAUUCUCAACUGUCAUAAAGGUUUCACUGUCUGCUACUCACUCUACAGCUGGCCAUACAUGGACCAAGAAAAGCUCCGCCCCUCCAGACAGCACAGUCGUCAGCAAAUCUGCCUAUUAAAGGGCCCAUUCUAUAUCUGGUCUAAUUUCAGGCAGAUAUUGAUCAGGAAGGUUUGAAAAGGUGUCAUUCUUCGUGGGCCCCUAUUAUGAUUGGAUCAUAUCAUUGGUAUAUUCCUGCACUCAUAGUGGUACCCCCUCUGUGGGAAAACUUCACAGAAGACCCCACUGGUGUGUAGAUUGCUCACAGGUUGGGCCAAAACAGAAGCAUUUGGAAAGGGUUGGUAAUGUCAUCAUCAGAAGGGUGGGGAGGACAUGGCUUUUAAAAAAAACCUUUUAAAAAUUAGGUUGGGAAUGGUUUAGGGGUGGGUAAUUACCCCAAAUCCUAAAUGAUCAGACCCCAUUGUGGGCUCCCCUGUUAUGACCAUUUCAUAUGUUAAAGACCUGUGCCUGAGAAAUAAUUCCACAUUUUUUUUCUACUGCGUUUGUCAAGCAAAAUAAACGUUACUUACACUAUA